AUGGCAGCAUACCCUAUUGUAAAAGAGACUGAUCUCGAAACCGUUUGUCUUAUUUGGCUUGAUGCUUCAGUAAAUUCAUCAACUGAAAAUAUCGCUACUCAACGAGAAUUUCGUUCAAUUAUUCAUUAUUUUAAAACAUUUUUACAUGUUCAAGAUUGUGAACAAUAUAUACGAGAAAAAACAAAAGAUGAUCGAAUUUUUUUAAUUGUCAACGGACGAUUAGGUCAAGAAAUAGUACCACGUAUUCAUCAAUUUCGACAAGUAUUUUCCAUUUAUGUUUAUUGUCAAGACAAAGAAAGAAAUGAAGAAUGGGCUAAAAAAUUUAUUAAGGUGAAUGGUGUAUUCAACAAAUUAGAUUCACUUAUUAAUCAAGUUCAAUCGGAUUAUAUAAAACGAAUUCAAUAUAAAGUUGAUGACCCAUUUCCAAUAAAUAUAUGUAAAACAAAUAAUUUAUCAGAUGAUUUGAUCAAUGAUGAGUUUUAUUAUUCUCAAUUACUUAUUGAUUAUCUUCUUCAUAUGAAAACACUAUCAAAUGAUAUAACUGAAUUUAUUAAUAUAUGUUUAAAUGAAUAUCAUCAUGAUCAAAAUCAAUUAUCAAUAGUUCAUGAAUUUAAACAAAAAUAUAAUUCAAAUCAAGUAUUAUGGUGGUUAACACGAGAUUCAUUUAUUUAUCGUUUAUUAAGUAAAGCAUUAAGUAGAAGAAAUUAUGAUUUAUUAUUACAUAUGGGAUUUUUUAUUCGUGAUAUAUAUGAAAAUUUACAAAAAUAUCAAUUAAAAUCUUCCAUACAAGUUUAUCAUGGUCAAAUAAUAUCAAUGGAUGAAUUAAAUAUAUUGAAAAAUUCUCUUGGAUAUUAUAUAUCAAUAAAUACAUUUAUGUCAACAGAUUAUGAUAAUAAACAAAUAAUAUUAUCUUUAAAUGAAUUUUCAAUAACAAAUGAUCUUGUAAGAAUAUUAUUUGAAAUCAAUGCUGAUCCUCAAUGUGACAAUUCAAAACCAUUUGCUAAUAUAACAUCAUUAACUUGUAAUCCUCAACAACAACAAGUUUUAUUUACAGUAGGAUCCGUUUUUAAGCUUAUUGAUAUUCAACAAGAUAAAAAAUCUGGUGUAUGGAUUAUAAACAUGAUUUUAACAAAUAUUAAAAAAGAAUAUGAUGAUAAAAAUCUUAUAUCAUGUGGUCAUAUUUUACAAAAAAUGGGAAGAUAUGAUGAAGCUGAUACAUAUUUUAAUCGUUUAUUAAGAGAAUUGCCUCAAAAUCAUGAAGAUAUUUCUAAAUGUUACUAUACACUUGGUCAUUUAUCAUUUCUUAAAAGUAAUUAUGAUUUAAGUCUUAAUUGGUUUCAAAAAUUAUUAAAAAUCUUAAAACCUAAUGAUCCAAUUUUAGCUGAUACUUAUUAUUCUAUUGGUUGUGUUUAUCAGAAUAUGUAUGAUUAUAACCAAGCCUUACAAUAUUAUAAUCAAGCAUUACUUAUUUGGAAAGAAUCUGAUGGUAAUGAUGAACCUUUUCAAAUGGCUGAAUGUUUAAAUAAUAUGGGAUGUAUUUAUGAAAUUGAAAAAUGUUAUUCAAAAGCAUUAGCAUGUCAUCAACAAGCUUUAUCUAUACGUGAUAAAUUUCAAGCUGAUUUAGGUUCAUCAUAUAAUAAUAUUGGUAAUAUUUAUUUAUGUCUUGGUGAAUAUAAUGCUGCAAUAGAAAAUUAUGAUUAUGCAUAUAAAAUCAAAAGUAAAUCUCGUUCAUCACAAGAUCCAUCUUUAGCAACAACAUUACGAAAUAUGGCUCUUGCAUAUGAAGAAGAUGGAAAUUUUAUAGAAGCUUUAAAAUAUUAUAAAAAAGCAUCAUUGGCAUUUGCAAGCAUAUUUUCAGCAACACAUACGUAUUAUAUUGAAAUUCAAGAAGAUAUUCAACGUGUUUCAUCAUUAAUGGAAUCUAAAAUUAUAGAAUGA